AUGGCUAAAAUCAGCCUACAAGAUGUUCCGUCAGAUGAUGUAAUCAGUAGUUUGACAGAAAAGAAGUUGAUAGGUGAUUGCAUUGUUCACUUAGGCGUUGAACUAGGUCUUAGCAUCAAUAGCAUUAAGGAGACAAUAGUCAACCAUCCAAGGAAUUUGUAUGGUCAAAUACAUAAUCUUCUCAUAAAAUGGAAAUCUGGCAAGGUGAAGUCAACAAUCUACCGACUUAUGAUAGCUUUGAAAAAUGUUAAAGCGUCUGAAGGACUAGCUUUUGUGAUGAAAACGUAUGGUGUUGAGCCAAACUAUGAAGAAAAUUUGAGUUCUGAAAAUGUUCCAAGAUCGAUUCCUCACCCAGAAAGCUGCUGUCCAUUCCAACCUACCGGUACAUCCACCAAGGUAUGUGUCCGUAUCAAAGUUGGUAAGAAAGUAUUUAUCCAUGAAGAGGCAUCAGGAACAGAUAGCUCAGCAUGGUUUACCAUAGAGCAGAUCAAUUUUACAAAGAUGGGAAUAAUUGUGUUGAAUAUUCUUACUGAUGCUUCAUAUGACCUAUUAAAACAAGAUAUACCAAAUAUACGUCCAAGGAGCGACUGUGAUAUUUCAUACUUGUACCAGGAGCACUUUAAACUAAAAAAACAUGCUCCAUCUAAUGGAUGGGGAGGAAAAUGGCAGAAAAUUCAGGUUACAAACAUAGCUAUUGGAGAUGAUAUUGAGCGUAUGAGACUUACAAGAAAUGAUCUACAACACUCAACGGAAGCUGAACUUGGGGAUACACGUUUUAAUGAGUUGUGUAACAUAUUGAGAGAUCUUUUAAAAAGGUUUGAUCAACUUAACAAACCAGCAAGGCUUUAUACUGAUCGCCUAAAUGCAAUUUUGGCUAAAACUCCUUCUGCUGAGGAAGUUCAAUCAAUCGGAAAUGAAAUGUUAGGAAUGGAGAUUGAAGUUGAAAUUACUCCAACACAAUAGAGAAAUAUGGUCAUCUGCAGGAAUUGUAUUGUAAAUAGUUAUUUAGACACUUUAUUAGAAAUACACAACAUACCAACUUAUUGGCAGUAGACCGAUCAAUUUUUAUCUUAUAUUGAGAUGUAUUCCGACAAAUUAUAGUCCGUCUUACACUGUCUCUUGAUAGAAAGAAUGACCCGGACUGAAAAAGUCAACCAAACUGUUUAAUCAUUAAGUUAAGGAUAUAAUGGUCAAGAUGAAAAAGUCAACCAACAGCAUAUUUAUAGAGCUCAGGGAUUGAUAAUAGCUAAGAUGAAACUGCGAAUUAAACUGUCUUUUAAUAAGGUUAUAAAAGAAAUAUAUAAAAAUGAAAUUGUGAAUCCUACUCCAUUUAUAGAGUUCAAGAGAGUAAUGGUUAAUAUACAAUAGUGGACCAUGUGUCUAUUCGUUAAGUUAUAGAAAGUAAUGGUCUAGAUGAAAUAUUGAACCACAGUCGAAAAAGUGAA